GUGCUUCCUGUCCCCGGCGGACUGUCCCGGUCCUCCGCCGGUCUCCUCCUCAGUCUGUCGGCUGCCUCUGCCCGGUUCGGACCCUCUCCUCGCCGUCAUGUCGGACCCGUGCUCCUCUUCCUCGCUGUCCCGGUGCGUCACGCGCCACCUCAACCUGCAGCUGCGCGUGGACUUCGAGCGGCGCGUGCUCCGCGGGAAGGUCGAGCUCACGGUGGAGGCUCUGCAGGACCGACUCACCGAGCUGACUUUGGACACCAGGGACCUGACCGUGGCGUCCGUGCUGGCCAACGGGCAGCCGGCCCGCUUCAGCCUGGGCCCCAAGCACAGCUUCAAGGGGGCGCCGCUGGACAUCACGCUGCCGUCCCCCCUGUCCAGAGGGCAGCAUGUGAUCGUGGAGGUGAGCUACGAGACGUCGCCGUCGGCGACGGCCCUGCAGUGGCUCACGCCGGAGCAGACCGCCGGGAAGAAGCAGCCGUACCUGUUCAGCCAAUGCCAGGCUCACCACUGCAGGAGUAUGGUACCCUGUCAGGACAGCCCGUCCAUCAAACACACCUACUACGCCCAGGUGUCUGUCCCGAAGGAGCUGGUGGCGGUGAUGAGCGCGGUGAGGGACGGACACGAGGCGGACCCUCAGGACAGCAGCCGGACCGUCUACAGGUUCAGGCAGCCGGUGCCUAUGCCGUCCUACCUGAUCGCCAUCGUGGUGGGAGCUCUGGAAAGCAGGGAUAUCGGUCCCCGGUCCAAAGUCUGGUCUGAGAAGGAGUACGUGGACAAAGCCGCGUUCGAGUUCUCCGAGACGGAGGACAUGCUGAAGACGGCCGAGGACCUGGCCGGACCCUACGUCUGGGGUCAGUACGACAUCCUGGUCCUGCCGCCGUCCUUCCCCUACGGGGGGAUGGAGAACCCCUGCCUGACCUUCGCCACGCCCACCCUGCUGGCUGGAGACAAAUCGCUGUCCAACGUGAUCGCUCACGAGAUCUCUCACAGCUGGACCGGCAACCUGGUGACCAACAAGACCUGGGAGCACUUCUGGCUGAACGAGGGCCACACCGUGUACCUGGAGAGGAUGAUCGGCAGGCGUCUGGAGAGCGAGCAGUUCAGGCAGUUCAAAGCCAUGGGAGGCUGGAAGGACCUGCAGGACUCGGUGAACACGUUUGGGGCCAACAACCCUCUGACCAACCUGGUGCCCAGCCUGCAGGACGUGGACCCGGACGACGCCUUCUCCUCCGUGCCGUAUGAGAAGGGCUUUGCUCUGCUGUACCACCUGGAGGAGCUGCUGGGGGGCCCCGAGGUCUUCAUGGGUUUCGUGAAGUCCUACAUCCAGAUGUUCGCCUACAGCAGCGCCACCACCGAGGACUGGAAGAACUACCUGUUCACCUACUUCAAGGACAAGGUGGACGUCCUGAACAAGGUGGACUGGAACGCCUGGAUGUUCACGCCCGGAAUGCCUCCAGUCAAGCCCCAGUACGACACCACGCUGGCCGACGCCUGCAUCGCUCUUAGUCAGAGGUGGAUCAAGGCCGCGGACCAGGACCUGGACGGCUUCGCCCCGUCCGACGUGAAGACGCUGUCCUCCCACCAGCUCAUCGAGUUCCUGUCCCUGCUGCUCCAGGAGGACCCGCUCCCUCUGACCCGCGUGACGAAGAUGCAGGAGGUUUACGACCUGAACUCCUACAUGAACGCCGAGGUUCGCUUCAGGUGGCUCCGCCUGUGCGUGCGGUGCAAGUGGGAGGAGGCGGUUCCCAUGGCGAUGAAGAUGGCGACGGAGCAGGGCAGGAUGAAGUUCACCCGCCCGCUCUUCAGGGAAGUUUAUAACUUUGAAAAAUACCGAGAUGAAGCCGUCCGAGUGUUUGUGGCUCAUCGAGCCGCCAUGCAUCCCGUCACCGCCGGGCUGGUCGCCAAAGACCUGAAGGUGGACGCCAGCAACGCAACGCAGUAAAACCAGGACCCGUCAGUGAAACCAGCUCCUUUAGCCAGUCCAGGUCCAGGUCCAGGUCCAGGUCCAGGUCCAGGUCCAGGUCCAGCCUGUCAGAGCAGGGAGAGUCCAGACUAAGACCUUUACCUGGUUCCUGGUUUAAACCAGUAUAAAACCAGUCUGUAAUCCGACUCUCUACUUCAGCAUUAUUAGUCCGUCUUUGUCUGGUUUCUGUGUUUUUUUUUCUUCUGAUUAAACUUUUGGGUAAACA